AUGUUGCCGUCAUUUUCGCGAUUUUGCGCGCGCAAAUCGAUGACGGUGCCAUCUUCGGCGUGUGUUUCAACCAUUUCUGGAAGGCAACGAACCAGACGAAAUCAGUACAAUUAUAGAAAACAGUAUCAAAGUCACCAGAAAAAUAAUUAUUGGAAGUCAUUCUUUACUGUUGGUACGGGUUCCUCGACAGUCCUUGCAUUAUCGUGGAUGACGACGAUUAAAGAUGUGCUGGGAAUCGAGAAAAUUCAACUAGACGAUGAUCCAUUGAAGGAGAAAGUGAAACAGUCGUGGUUAUAUCGAAAACGACGGCAAUACCAAGAAGCGAUUCAGGUUUUGGAGAUUGCUUUGGAAGAAGCUCAAGAGCGAAAGGAGGAGUUGCCGAUAACAAGAGUGAUUGACGAACUGGCGAAUACUUAUUACGAAAAAGGGGAUUUGGAAGAAGCUGAUAAGCAUUUUCGGAUUGUAAUUCAACGACUUGUUGAGCUUCAUGGCAAAAAGGAUUUCGAUCCAGAAUUCAUUGGAGUCUCGCUGAAAUUGGCCGAUAUUCUUGCGAGCCGCGGCCAACUCGAUAAUGCCGAAAGCGGAUUCAAACAUUGUGUUAGGAGGCAGAUGAAAGUUGUUGAGGAGCACAUGAAGAAAUUUAGUGUUGCUCAUGGAGCAUUGAUUGAAGAUCGACACACUGUUGAUACUUAUGGGUACGUCUUCACCGAUCCUCUUGCCUUGUUCGGAAUGGCGUUGGAGGCGUAUGCGAAUUUUUUGAUUACGUAUCGAGAUGAGUCGAAAUUACCGGAAGCUGAAGAAUAUAUGGAUGAGGUGCUCAAAAUUUCUUAUCAAAUAUACGGCGCUAGCUCAGUUCAUUCGAUCAAUUUGCUCAACAAUUUUGGAGCAUUACUUGUGCUAAAAAAUCGAUUCGAACUUGCUCGGAAGUACUUGGCGAUUGGAAUUGAUCGAAUCCUAUACGUGAACGAGUGCGCCAACCUUCUUCCUGGUUAUUAUUGUAAUUACGCGGAGGCGCUCUUUCACACUGGCAACAAGGAAGAAGCUCUCGAAUACGCACGAAAAGCAUUCCAAUUGAGUCGAAGCUCCGAUGAACGCCUUCAGAAGUACACUGGAACAUUUCUGCGAGAUCUCGAGAAAGAUUUAAACAAAGGGAAGUCAAGAUCAUGGUGGAUUUUCUAA